CACGCAAAGUGGUCCGGUUUGAGCACGCGUUUUACGGAUUUUAUCCGUGGUCUGAUAAAAUGGCCAACCAAGAGCAGGACAAUCAAAUUAGGAUCACGCAUUACAUUAAUCCGCACAACUUUUGGUUCAAACAGGAAUCGGCCUAUCUGUUCAACGGCGAGGAACAAAACUUCCAGGAAGCGUUGAACAAGUUCUGCGAUGAAACGUACGGCCGGGGCAACAUCGGCAGUGCGAUUUACACCCCGAAGAAGGUGGGCGAAACGGUGGCCGUGUAUUACUUCCAGCUGGCGAGGUGGAUUCGUGCACACGUCGAUGCCAUAUUUCCGGAUUUGAGCGGCCAGGUGCAGUGCAAUUUGUGGGCGCUCGACGAGGGCGUUCCGGUGAAAACCAGCGUUCGGUACAUCAAACCACUGCCGGAACGGUUUGGGUUGGGAGGGGCGCCGACCACGGUCAUGAGGGGUGGAUUGAGGGGAGUUUUGCCGGCUGAGUGUAGCUAUGACUACCUUCAAGGAUGCAACGUGACCAAAAUAGUGUCCGAUUGGAGCCCGGGCGUGGUGCGGGUGUUUGAGGGAUGCAUCGAGGAAGCGGUUUCGAUUAGCUUCUUGGCAGAUCAUUACGAGGUAACCGGCAUCGACAUGUACUUUGGUGAGAUGAAGAUCACGUCUCACCAGAACGUGACGAACAAUGCAACGGAUCUGCUGAAAAAGGCCGGCGGCAAGAUGGUGAUGCUGGUCGAACAGCAGGAGUUUUACGAUCGCCUUCCAAACCUUCGUACGCUGGACAUGCAGCGCUUCGAAGAUAACGAGCGCGUCGAGAACAUGAAGUUCCACUCGAAUACCUUCCGGCCGGAAUAUUCGGCACGGUGCAAGCCCCGCCACGCGACCCGCGUGUGUUCCUACGAAAACCAAGCCAUCGAGCAGGCUCGCGAGAAGGUUCUCGACUGGGACGAACGCAACAAGCGGAACGCAAGCGUGGUGGACUUUGCACCAAUGGCCCAGAAGGCAACAACCGCUGCGAGCAGUGCCGCCGAGAAGCGAAACCGACCGACAACGCGCGUCUACUCGCAGCUGGUCAACGAGUCCAUCUCGGACGACGACGAAGACCCACCGCCGCAGGUCGAAAUCAAACUGCCAGCAUUCCAACCAAAGGUACCUCCCAAAGAGAAGCCCGCUGUCCCCAGUCCGUACCAGCGGCCAGAUACUCGCGUGUACGACGUGGACGUGGCCGAUGUUCAAGUCGCGCUCAACGCGAUCAAAUUGCGCCGCCAAGCUUCGGCUAAUCUCGCUCGCAAUGAGUCGUCUACGAAUGGCAAACAAGCCGCAGGAGGGGGAACGCCGUUGAAUCUAAUACCCGCUGGCUACAGCAUGGGGAACGUGCACUUUGAUGGCUCAACUCUGGGUGCAUCGGAGGUCGGAACGAACAAGCGAGAUUCAACGGCAAGCUUGUUCAACAGGCACGGAAAACCACCACGAAAGGACCACAGUGAGUCCCGGCUAAGGAAGUCACGCUACGAGUAUCGCAAAGACGACGGAGAUUCGUCGUCUGAGGAGGAAGUUGUGCGAAAGUUGACCAUUACGCCGUUCAAUCCCGAUGAGGAUAACGAACAGUGGUGAAAGCGUUCGACGUCGGAUCGCUAUUUGUUACCUUCGAUAUUACUUUAUUUUGUUACACGGUUACCAUUGCCUAUCCUGAAUUUUGGCAAUCAGAUAAUUAUUUAAUACUUAGUAUGAACUACUUCCUCAAAGGAACAAUAAAAUUGACCUCAACUGAA